AUGCAAAACGACGAGAAGAAGACUAUCGAGUUGUACACUCCAAGAAAGUGCUCUGCCACCAACCGUUUGAUCACUGCCAAGGAUCACGCCUCUGUCCAAAUCAACAUUGGUCACGUGAACUCUGAGGGACUCUACACCGGAAAGCAGACCACCGUUGCUUUCUGUGGUUUCGUCCGCAACAACGCUCAGUCCGACGAGGCUCUCAACAGACUCGCUCAGAAGAAGGGAUUCUUGAAGAGCUUCUAA